AAAAACAAACGCAGGUCAGGAUCCGUUGGUAGAGAGAGAGACGGGAGAAGACGGGGAAGAAUCGACUUCUAGCCCCUGCCCUAGACUCCAUGUUCGUCGUCUACCCAAAGACUUUUCAGGUUUAGUCAAAUCUAGGUUCCUACCCAGUAUAUUAUUGGGACAUGGUUUCUGCAACAGCACUUCUCCAUGACCAUGAGUAUGACAACUCCUUAUUCUCACGUAAAAGGCGUAAAGUGACAGACAUUCAACAUCAAGAUCCAGAUAUAUUAGGCCGUGAGUGUAAAUAUGAUUGUUUUCCCUCAUCUUCACAGCUUAGCAGAGAUGGACGCUCCUUCUGCAGAUGCAGGGAUAGUGCUUGCAUAUCUUCAUGUUGCAUCGAUAUUGAUGAAAAAAAUGGUUCAUAUUCAUCAGUGGAUAUGAGCUGCCAGUUAAAUGGCACUAGCCCUGAUCUUCCAGAAUGUUGCAGUUCGGAGGGCUCCUCAUUUCAAGAUAAGGGUUUCUCUGGGUAUUCUUUGCUUACUUGUGUAAGUGGUUGGAUGUAUGUUAACGAACAAGGUCAAAUGUGUGGCCCUUAUAUCCAAGAACAGCUUCAUGAAGGAUUAUCUACUGGUUUUUUGCCAGAUGAGCUUCUUGUUUAUCCUGUUUUAAAUGGAGCAUUGAGCAAUCCUGUACCACUCAAGUACUUUAAGCAGUUUCCUGAUCAUGUUGCAACGGGUUUUGCAUAUUUGAGUGUGGACUUCUCCAACAUGGGUAUUAAUGGAGCUCAUUCUGAUACUUGUAAAAAUGAUUUGGCUAUGCAUAGGCAAGAGGGUUUGGUGGGGUAUGCGAAUCCACAGACUCUUUGUCAUGAGUUGCAAUCUGGUCCUCUAGGUCUCGGAUAUGAAAAUGGUGGCUGUAAACAGGCUUCAAAUUCUGAAGCAUUUUUCUUGACUACUUCGAAUCUUCCAUCGUCAGUUGAAGUAGCAUGCUGGUUCAUUGAGGAUCAUACUGGGAGGAAACAUGGACCCUAUUCUCUUCUACAAUUAUAUUCUUGGCAUCAGCAUGGAUACUUGAAGGACUCAGUUAUGAUAUACCAUGUCGAAAGCAAAUUUAGACCCUUCACAUUAUUUUCUGCGGUGAAUGCAUGGAAAGCUGCAAUAACUCCACCUCUAUUCUCAUCUGAUCUCAAAACCAAUGAGAGUUGCUCUUUACUGAAAUUUAUAUCUGAAACUUCUGAAGGAGUUUCAUCCCAACUACACUCUGGAAUAAUGAAAGCAGCUCGCAAAGUGGUGCUCGAUGAGAUUGUUGGCAACAUCAUUGCAGAUUUUAUCACCAUCAAGAAAUCUGAAAGACAAAUUAAGGUUGGACAAACCAACCAGACUAUGAAGGUUUGCUCUCUGGACAAUAGAAUGCCAGAAGUUACUAGAGGAGGGGAUCUUCCUGCUGAUUCAAUGCCAGAAGCACGAGAUUUCUUUAGUGUUCCUGAGAAAGUUUCUACUGAUGCUGUUCCUGUUCAGUCCCCUAAGUUGAUUGGCAGCGUCGAUAAUUUUAGGGAGGUGCAUGCAGUUAUUUGUCGAAUGCUUUUUGACUACUCCUUACAAGUAGUUUGGAAUGCUGUUUCUUAUGAUACGGUGGCAGAGUAUUCAUCUGCAUGGAGGAGGAAAAGAUUUUGGUCUUAUCGUCCUCACUAUAAUUUAGCUUCUAGUGGAUAUAGUGAUCGUGUCAAGAAGAUUGAAAAAAUACCUGCUGAAGCUGCUUUACCACGAAAGGAAUCUUCUCUUUAUGGUGUCAAUUCCCUAUCAGUCUCCAAAUUUGAGGGAGCACAAACAGAAAACUGUGUGCACUCACCUGCCAUAUCUCGGUCAGUUCCUGUUAGACACAAAUCUUCUAGGCCAACAAGUCAUUCUGGUUGUGAUAGGCCAAAGGACGACUUAAAAUGGAUCGUGGAAUACCUCGAAAAAGAGCUUCAUUCCUCUGCAAAGGUAUCCAUGGUUGAGUAUAUUCGGGAUAUCCUCGAGGAUGAGGUGACAAGCUCAUGCAACUCCUCAAAAGAUAUCCAAUUAAGUAAGGUUACUCUUGAUACUCUUGAUACGUCCAUUCAGUGUUCUAGUAUUAACAAUUAUUCAGACUCCUUUGGUGAACUGCAUUGCGAUUCAAAUGAUACACGUGGCGAUAGAAAUUCAUGUGAACUUGAACUAGCUGUGUUGCCAGAGGACAAUCUGUCUAGUGAUACGGCUCUGAAUGCUGUUGCUAAUUCAUUAUAUGGAGUGUUCAAAGAAAUCUGUACAAAUGAAGUUUGUGCUUUUAAUGAAGAUUCCAAUGAAUUACCAGUUCCUGGUCUUGAGGAAAAUCCUACCUUUCUCAUUCCAUCUCCUGCUUGUAAAUUUCGUCCUUCCAGCUCAAAUAAGUGCUCUCCUAAGAUUGAGGGGUACAUUAUGCUGGCAAUAUGCAGGCAGAAAUUACACGAUGCUGUUCUUAAGGAAUGGGCAUCAUCAUACAAAGAUGAUCUUCUUCGUCAGUUUAUUACUUCAUGGAUUGCUUCAAAGAAACAUUGUAAUCCUAAUGGAAUUGUGGAAGGAGCAUGUGAUGGUGGUGAAGCCUCUAAAGUACCAGACAAAUUAAGGGAGGGAUCAAAACGCUUCUUGGAAUCUUCUCUUGUAACUGGUAAUUAUACUUAUUACCGCAAGAAGUCAUCAAAGAAAAAGUUAGGAUCUUCAGAUUGUGCUACUGAGGGUAGCCCUGUUGUACGAAUUCAACCUUCUGAAAAGUCGAGGAAAGAAAAUGUUUCUGCUGAUGAUGCGUGUGAGACUACAGACAGUGAAAUUGCUUCUUUGAAACUUAAAUGUAUUGCAAAAAAUAAAAGGCAGAAGGACUUGUCUGUUAAUGCCACCUGCAAGUGGACUUCUGCAGAAGUUACAUUACCCAGUAGUUAUUCUUCUGGGAAAACCAUAUGUGGUACAAAGAAGUUAAAAAUGUCACCUCUCGUUAAAGAUGAUAAUGCCAAGAAGGAUUCUGUGAAACAUGGGAAAGGGAGGAUGAUAGGUUCGCCUUUGGUGAACAAGAAUGUUGAUAAGGUUAUGAAUAAAUGUGAUCGUGGAGUUAGUGCUCAGGAAAAGCUUUCUGUGGAUGUGUUGAAAAUAAAGAGGAAGCAGAAGAUUGAUGAGGUAUCCUUGUCUUGUAAUAAGCUCUCAACAAUAGCAGGUGAUGUUAGCAAGCAAGCUGCAAGUAAGAAGGUUGUAGCUCAAAAGAAAAAGUCUGAUAAAUCUAGGAAAUCAAAUCUCUCCAUUAGAUCUGAUGGUUGUGCCCGUUCAUCAAUUAAUGGAUGGGAAUGGCGUCGAUGGACACUGAAAGCAAGUCCUGCUGAGAGAGCUCGUAAUAGGGGUCUUCAAUAUUUUAACUCUGAGCCAUUAGGUCCUGAUGUCAGUACUUCUCAUUUGUUAAAUGGCAAAGGCCUUUCGGCACGGACAAAUAGAGUGAAGUUGCGGAAUCUUCUUGCUGCUGCAGAUGGCGCCGACCUUUUAAAAGCAUCUCAAUUAAAGGCAAGGAAAAAGCGUCUACGCUUUCAGCGUAGUAAGAUUCAUGACUGGGGUCUAGUCGCCCUAGAGCCGAUUGAAGCAGAGGAUUUUGUAAUUGAAUACGUUGGGGAACUAAUUCGCCCACGGAUUUCUGAUAUAAGGGAACGCCAGUAUGAGAAGAUGGGAAUUGGAAGCAGUUAUCUUUUUAGACUUGAUGAUGGUUAUGUGGUUGAUGCUACAAAGCGUGGGGGUGUUGCACGAUUUAUAAACCAUUCUUGUGAGCCUAAUUGCUAUACCAAAGUUAUAACUGUUGAAGGUCAGAAGAAAAUUUUCAUCUAUGCAAAACGACACAUAUCUGCUGGUGAAGAAAUUACGUACAAUUACAAAUUUCCUUUGGAGGAGAAGAAAAUUCCUUGUAAUUGCCGUUCAAGGAGGUGUCGUGGAUCACUAAACUAGGAAAAUUUAUUGAACUUUCCAGUGGACAUGAAGUCUUCUCAAAAUUAUGCGGAUGAAGAAGCGUGAUACAAUUUGGUGCUUUCUGAGGCCUAAAUUGUCUCUCUUUGGCAAGCGAUGAAGGCUUUGCAUAUUGCAGCUGAAUGCUUUUCAGGCUACUCUGUCAUGCCUCAAAUCGCCCAGCUAAAGUUGGUUGAAGCUAUUGAAUAUGAUUGUUGGUAGGGGCUGUAUGAUUGUUACACGCGAGACACUUGGCAUUCCAGUGAUGAAUUUCUGACCUUGUUCAUUCUUAUAGAUAUCUCUAUAUUGCAGAUGAGUCUCUCCUCUUAGAUACUGUAAAGUCGAUUUUUGUUUUGCUUACACAGUCCUUGGAUAUUGAUUUUUUGUACAGACAUGUUUAAUUUGUUAUUCAAUAAAAGAUAAAAUGAAUAUGCUGACCAACCUUGGGAGUGAUAGCAUCGCAAAAGUCAGGAAUUCGAUAUUUUAACGAAACAAUAAUUGCUGAGAUUCAUUCACCCCCAUCCCUCCAGAAAAAAAAAAAGGAGAAAAUUCCGAGCAACCGAUUUUACGAUGACAACUGGUUCCAUGUUCGCUAUAUACAUAUUUUUUUUAACAUGUAGAACAUGCAUAUUAUGAAUGUGCAUGGUUUUGGUUUUGAAUUUUUUUUUUUUUGUGCGUCUUCAUUAUUGUUCUUCCAUUGGAUUAGUUUGAAGCUCCUCGGUGGGUUUUCCUCAGAGGUUUGUUCCAAGUAAAAGCACAUAAAUACUUGUCAAUCUUCAUGGCAAACCAAUUCAAAACAUGCUCUUUUUGGAAAAAUUUCAGAUACUUAUGGACGCAUAUAUAUGAUCAAGCUUUGCCUCCAAACAAUGAUUAUUAUCAUCAGCAAUCUCACGACUAAAAGACACCUUUAAGAGUCGAAAUUUAUUGUGUCGAAUAUUAAUUUGAUAAGCAUUAAAUUGCAGCUAUUUUUAGUGGAUUCUUCUUUUUAAGGUUUCUUACCAUCGCAGGAGUUGAUACUGUGUGGAACUUUCGCUGCUGAGAGAUUAGGGGUUGACGUUUGUCUCUCUGUUACCAAUGUAUUUGUGAGGCCGGUGAUAAUGAUGAUGAUGAGUCUGAUGUGACUUGCCAAGAAUUUUUAGUCAAGACGCAAAAAUGUUCAGAGUUAUGGUUGGUAAUCAUGAAGAAUAACAGAGAAAAAAAGGAAAAAAAAAAAAAGAGUAAAGGACCGACGGCCAUUCUGUAAUAAUUUAUGGACUUGUCCAAUUCUGUCCAUAUUGUCAGUUACAUCCUUGACCUUAUUAAAUUUUUAAGCAUUGCAAAAAGCCUGCAAACUUCAGUUCCUUGAUGCCCUCACUCUUUUCCAAGUCAUUGUCAUGGAAACUUACGUCGCCCUCCCAAGAUAAUGCUUUGAUGGUUGAAUAUUGGCAAUAAUUUCAUUGGAUAUGGAAGACGACAUUUUGGUGAAAGAAUUUUGUUUUCUAAGCUGUAUCCACAUUGUAAGCUUAGGUGAAGUCCAUCAUUUUGGUUUUCAAAGUGCGACAAAAGGACAUCAUUUAAAUCUCAUCCUAGUUUUCAAGUGACAUUCAGGGCAUCAAAGUUUAAAGAUCCACAAUAAAAUAGAUGGUUUUGAGUUUAUUUUAUUUUUUUCGCUGGUACGUCUUAUACACUUUCUUUUGUAAUUGUUGGUUUGAAAGUAUUACGCUUUGUAGGGGGGCCUUGUGUGUUUGAAUGUUUACACCGGCUAGUUGCCUUUGCUUUUGUAGUUUAUUUUCUUCAUGUAAAACUGUAAAGAAAAUUGUGCUCGUUGGAACUAUAUCUCGAUAAAAUUUUAAGGCCUCAUAGCACUCA